GGAUCUGAAAACUGUCAUCAGCAGCAGCAGCAAUCAGCAGCACAGCCGUAUCGGUGGCCGCAAGGGAGAAGAGGAGAAUCUCUUCACGGGCACGGGAAGACGGGAAGGUGUAACUCUACAUCUGAUCAUCAUAUCUCUUUUUUUCCUGUCUCUCUCUUGCUUUUUUCCGUUUGAACGGAAUAGUCUCUUCUCUUACACCUGAUCAUCUCUCACAGAAACAGAAUAGGUUUAAAAACAGAAGAGAAGAGUAACGUUACAACGAAGGGAGGGACUAAUGGAGGCAUAAAAAGCAAAGGAGAAGAGAGGAGAAAUUUACCUCUCCCCUAGACUACACUCGAUAAUCUCAAUAUCGCUCUCCUUUGCGCUAUCUCUUUCUGGUCAUGGCGUUGCAGGGGACCGGCUUGCUAGAGAACCCGGUCCAGGCAAUUCUGUACCUUAGAGAACUGACCACUAUAGUUCAGAACCAGCAGAGCCUCAUCCAGACACAGCGCCUGCGCAUUGAUGAACUGGACCGGCGCGUGGACGAGCUGCUCGGGGAGAACAGGAAUCUGCGGGAGGCAAGAGUACAACAUCAUCAUUAUCAUCAUCAUCCGGACUCCAACAGGAACCUUCAUCAUCCUCAGCACCAACAUCCAGACACACAACCCCAUGACACCGGGUCUCUGCCUGCCCAGCCUCCGCCUGAAAUCCACCCGGACCAAGAAAAGCCGCCUCCACAACCCGCUUAUCCGGAACACAUGCAGUUGGUACCGGCCCAGCCGCAGUCAACGAGCCCUCCACCAAGCGAGGCCGACCCGGGCAAGGGGGAGGACGGCAGGACCAGCCCGGGCUGCCGCACACUGAAUCCCCUGGUUCCCCUAGCUCCCCUCACUCCUACCACUCUCUGCCGCUCGGUGGGUCUUGCCAAUCAAUCAGAGAGUCAGACAAUACUACAUCAGUUCUGCUGUCCUGCCCCAGAGGCUGCUCCCACUGGCUCCUCCAGUGAUGGGCAGCUGCUGAGUCUGGAGGGCGGGAAUUCCUCCAGCGGACAGGAAAGAGAGGGGUCGGGGGGUGUGGCUCGGAGAGAAGGACCCAGCGACUACGAACUUGCCCUGGAGAACAAGACCAAACAGAUAGAGGAGUUGGAACAGAGGUACGGUGGCCACCUGGUGUCGCGGCGCGCUGCGUGUUGUAUUCAGAUGGCGUUCCGUCAGUACCAGCUAAGUAAGAACUUCCAGAAGAUCCGUAACUCUCUGUCAGAGAGCAAGUUGCCACGCCGCAUCUCCCUGCGCCGGCCCAACCCCAGCCGUAACCAAAAAUCCACCCAGCGACACAGCUUCCUGUUAGAGACCGGGAGACCCCCUGCGCCCCAAAACACCCCCACCACCCCCUUCACGCUCCACCUCCCUGCCCCCUCCCCGCCACGGGCCCCGCCCUCGCUCACACAGCUGGAGGACUGCUUCUCAGAGCAGGUACGCUCACUGGCCCAUUCGAUAGACGAGGCCCUGCGUGGGUGGAGCCUGUCGGAGGGGGUUGAGGGGGGGACAGCGGGGCUGCUGAUGGACCCCGGGGCGUUUCGGAUGGCUGCACAGAGUGCCUGCAUGCCUCGCAGUGCCAGCUCCCUGCUCAUGGCCUUCAGAGACGUCACCGUUCACAUCGACACCAACAACUACACUGUCUCCACGACUACCACCUCCACAACCACUGCUACCCACGGCAACACAGGGGCAGGAGCGGGAGGGAGCAGGCAAGUCUCAGUGGAUGGGGGAGAGAGGGGAGGAGGGGUGAGGACUCAAUCAACAACCUCCCAGCUAAGGGGUGAGGCGGAGUUUCCUGCCCCCCCUCCCAGUGAGUUGUUGGAGGGAGGAGGGUCGAGAAGGGGGUCAACUGUGACAGGACAGGGGGGAGAGAUGGGGAGGCAGAGUGGCUCAGAGAGACUCAGUUCCACCUCCACCUCUACCUCAGCCCAGUCUAACCAGUAUACCACUCAGUCAUCCUAUUCCCAGUACCCCCAGUACUCCACAUACCCCAAGGCUCAUCACCCACAGUCCCAGCCAGGGUCCCAGUCAACCAGGGACCCCACCUCUGAGGCUCUCCAGGCCCUGGUCCUCUCUCUGCCUAGAGACCGCUGCCAGGACCCUACCUCCUGCCGAUCCCCCACACUCUCCACUGAUACGCAUCGCAAACGACUCUAUCGCAUUGGACUCAACCUCUUCAACGUGAACCCAGAGCGAGGCAUCCACUUCCUGAUCACCCGUGGUUUUGUCCCAGACACGCCCAUGGGCGUGGCCCACUUCCUGCUACAGAGGAAGGGCCUGAGCCGACAGAUGAUUGGAGAGUUCCUGGGGAACAGUAAGCUACUCUUCAACAGAGAUGUCCUGGACUGUGUGGUGGAUGAGAUGGACUUCUCUGGGAUGGAGCUGGAUGAGGCUCUGAGGAAGUUCCAGUCUCACAUCAGAGUCCAGGGAGAGGCCCAGAAGGUGGAGAGACUCAUUGAAGCUUUCAGUCAGAGGUAUUGUAUGUGUAAUCCCGAGGUGGUGCAGCAGUUCCAUAACCCAGACACCAUUUUCAUCCUGGCCUUUGCUGUGGUCCUCCUCAACACUGAUAUGUAUUCCCCUAACAUCAAACCUCAACGCAAGAUGGGCCUUGACGACUUCAUACGUAACCUACGAGGAGUGGACGACGGGGCAGACAUCCCCAGGGAGAUGGUGACAGGGAUCUAUGAGAGGACCCAGCAGAGAGAGCUACGCUCCAACGAAGACCACGUCACCUACGUCAGCCGUGUGGAACAGUCCAUACUGGGCAUGAAGACUAUCCUGUCUGUGCCCCACCGUAGGCUGGUCUGCUGCUGUCGUUUGUUCGAGGUGGCAGACUUCAACAAACCUCUGAAACAGAAACUGGCGAACACCCAAAGAGAGGUGUUCCUUUUCAACGACCUCAUACUGAUCCUGAAGCUGUGUCCAAAGAAGAAGACUUCUGCUUCCUACACCUUCUGUAAAGCCAUGGGUCUACUGGGCAUGCAGUUUCACCUCUUCAGCAAUGAAUACUAUGCUCAUGGCAUCACCAUGUUGAGUCCGUUCUCUUCAGAGAAGAAGCAGCUGGUGAGUUUUUGCUCCCCCAGCGGAGAGGAGCUCAGGAAUUUCACAGAGGAGCUACGUGAGUCCAUCACUGAGGUCAACGAGAUGGAGCAGAUACACAUCCAAUGGGAGCUGGAGAGAGAACAGGGGGUGCAGACUCACACUCCCCACACCAAUGGAGGACAGAUGGACACACUCAGUCGACACACAGGAUCACCCACUGCCCAGCAAGACCUGUAUGACAAGACUGGCAACAACACUGUGGAGGUGUCAAUUCACAAUAGGCUGCUGCAGACCUACCACAUGACCCAGCCCAGCCCUGAUAGGCUGCUCCAGACCUACCAUGUGACCAGUCCUGACUCCACCCAACUGGCUCUGGCAGCACCGGCCAUGCUAAGUGCCACCCACCCCGGAGAGUUCCGCCCAGACACCCUCAUUCAAUGCCAGCAGAUCGUCAAGGUGAUCGUCAUGGACCAGAGCGGCCGCGGGAGAAUGGAAGCUUUCCUCAACCAAGGAAGCCCCGCCUCCCACCACCGCCUCAUCCAAUCAGCGAUGUCCACGCCAGUAAGGGUCAGAGAGGGAUCUGAGCCCCCUCUGCCUCCCCCUCCUCCCCCUACAACCACCCCCACCAGUACUGUCCCCCGACUCCCCCUGCCCUCUCUCACACACCCUGCCUCACCCCCUCCGCAGACGCAACUCUAGUGGCUCCCGCAGCCUCGUCUGACAUAUGACCCCCUCACUCCUGACCCUACCACACCUUAUCAUGCGCCCUCUGACCUUUUGUUAAAUAGUCAUGUACUGUAUUGGUGAAACACACACAACACAAACACUCAUAGACAAAGAUAGAGAAAAGGUGAGACGAGGAAGGGAGGAAGAGAAAGAGGGCGGGAAGGAAGUCGUCUGAGAGAAAGGGAAUAAGCCGAUAAAGCGAGUGGGAGAUAAUAGAGAGGAUUCAAAUCAAUAUGAAAUCAAAGUCAUCUAAUGAUUUCAUGUGUAUUUUUGAAUAGGAUGUCAUUUUGACAACAUUUCUAAACAGAGAUUUUCUAAUCGUACAGCUCUUGUGACACAGUGUCAUCUGUACAUAUCUAUAUCUGUUCCUGACUUUAGAAAGAACAAUUUAGGAUACAACCUCUCACCACCUGAUCCCCGACUCUAACCCUGCCCUGAUGUCACACAGCUGAUGGAACACACAGAUCUCCUCCAUGUGUGGAGCUGUCUGGACAUGGAGACAUGUCACCUCAAUGACAUCAUCAACAUCAUCUAGGGUUUUAGCCCUCCUCUUUAGCACACGGUGUUUUGGUGAUGUGUGGUAAAAUAUGAUAAUCAGAUGCUAAUAAUACUUUUGAUCGUGAAGAAGUGAGUAUGUCUGAGUAGCAGGGAGGGAAGAAGUGAGUAUGUCUGAGUAGCAGGGAGGGAAGAAGUGAGUAUGUCUGAGUAGCAGGGAGGGAAGAAGUGAGUAUGUCAGAUUUGCAGGGAGGGAAGACUGUUUCUCCUGACUCCUGGCUUACAGAUGAUUACAAUCUGUAUUUCUAUUCGUAAUGUCGGACUUCUACCCUGAUUAACAUAUCUGCGUGUGCAUGUGUGUUUGAGAGUAUAAGGGUCUGCCAGUGUAUGUGCGAGUGAAAGGGUGUGUCUGUGUGUGCUUGUUUGCGUGUGCGAAUGUGUGUGCGAAUACCAUUGUUCUAUUCUCUGUGGUUUUGCUACACUGGUCCAAGCCUCACACUCAGGAAAAUACCAGUACUGACGACAAACUGUUCAACAUUCUAACUUAUUGUUUGAUCAGUAAUAACAUGAACAUUGUAUGUUAUAAACUGGUAAUGUUCUAACGUUCUAUCUAAUUUGUCCUUUUGAAUAUUCAAUCUCACUUGCUGAAUCCCUAAAGGGUUAUUAACUAUUACCUAUUCUCACAUGAUUAACCUGUUCUCCACUGGAAUGCAUGUCACAUAGGAAUGUAUAUACACACACGGUACACACACAUGCACACACAGAAUGACUUAAGUAUGUUUAUUUAUCAGAAUAUUGAACAUGUUUCAUUAUUAUUAUAAUAGUGUUGUUACAUCUCUUCUUUCCCUUUCCCUCUCUCUGAGGGCUGUGACACGUGGUGACCCACUGAGGCUGAUCUGCUUCGUGUUGCACCAUAUUAUUAGAGUAUAUCGGAAUACUGAACAUGUGCACAGUAUAUAGGUGGUAUAUAUAUAUAUAUAUAUAUAUAAUGUAAAAGGAAUAGACGGACUGCCGAUGUGUGUAUUUAUGUAUUUGUACAGAGGUGGAAAUCUAUUUGUUUUUCAGAUUAUGGGGGCAACAGCACCCCACUGUUACCAGGAGAGACACACACACAGAUGACACAUUUUCAUAAUUAGAGCUCUGUGUAAAGGGCUAUACUGUAGCUGUGAUCACACUAGCGUUAGCUAGAUGGUUUAGUGGAAAACAAGCAGGAGUCAUAGUAGACAUUUUAGCAUGUUCUAAAGCCCUAACAUAUCACCUUAACACUGAGUCUGGCUCGCCUGUCCUGCAUCCAUCUUGGAGAUGUCUUACACUGUUGAAGAGAGCACCUGUGCACCGUCACAUUAAGUAUUUACUAAGAUAUCAUGUUUAUAACAAUUAAUGUUUACUAAUGGAAUAUUUCUAAAGAUUUAUGUUUGAAGAGAAUUACAUAAUAAAGUAGUUUGUACUCUG